UAAAUUACAGUAUCAAUUUAGUUUUCUUUUUCUCUCUCUAUUUUUUAUUUCCUCUCUCUUUCUUUCUAAUUCAUGAGAGUUUGAAGACUGACUCAAAGUUUCUCCGGCAUUUCCAACAUGAUGACUCUCUAGCAGAUCGGAUAAAUUCAGACAAUGGGGAGGCAUAGGAGGGAGGGGGUUGUUGUAAAAUUGGAAUCGUGGCGAUUUUGCUGCUUAAUUUAGUGAGUAGAGGAGAAUUGGAGCUUGGAAGAGAGGUAGAUUUAUUAAUUUAUCUUUGUAAUUUAUGUUGGUUUAAUGAGUCCCAGAACUAAGUUCGGGGAGGAGGUUUCAGUUUCAAGAGAGAAAAAAUUCCAGAUCAUGGGUACUUGGAUGCCAGUUACUCCUAAAAAGUCAAUUCCUGUGAGAUCUAGUCCAGUGGCAAUAGACAGACAUGAGAGACCACUGGCAAGAGAAAACUGGCAAGAAAUGGCUGGGUUGCCUGUUGGAAAUAUGCAAGAGAUGCUACAUUACAAUCAUAGCAUUAAUCAUAUACAAGAGCUGCCGAUUUACAGUAGAGGCGUUAAUCAUAUACAAGAGCUGCCGAAUUACAGUAGAGGCAUUAAUCAUAUACAAGAGCUGCCAAAUCACAGUAGAAGCAUUAAUCAUAUACAAGAGCUGCCGAAUUUCAGUAGAGGUGUUAAUCAUCUACAAGAGCUGCCAAAUUACAAUAGAGGCACUAUUCAUUUACAAGAGUUGCUAAAUUACAAUGGGGGUGUUCAUAAUUUGAAUCCGGUUGGACAAGUCACUCAAAGUGAAGGGUAUUGUGGUGGUCGCAAUAUUGGUGUGGCUGAGAGAAGUGGAAUGAUCAACCAAAUUGCAGCCUCCUACAGACCAGCCUUGCAUAAUAAUAGCGCAGGCUGGAAUGUUAAGACAGUAGCUGAACUUUUGGCAAUAAAUAAUGCGGCAGCAUUUGCCUCUCCCAACAAAACUCAAGGCAGAAGUACAAGCAUGGCAAAUGCACCUCUAAUUCCAGGUUUGCAAUCUCAAGUUAGCAGUUGGAGAGAUUCUGAUUCAACUAAUUUGGUUCACAAUCAAAUUCACUUUGGCUCAAAUCCAUUGAGUAACAGUUCCGGCUUUCAGCAGAUAUCCCAAGAUGGAUUGCUUGUUACUUAUGGAUCCAACUACAAACUGAAUUCACCAAGUACUGCAGCUUGUGCAGGUCCAAGCAUCACUACCACAUUGCCAAUCUCACCGGUAACACCAGAUCGUCAGUUGAAGAAGUUGGCAAAUAAUCAGGUUUCUAUGACAGUAAAUUUCUCAAUGAAUGAAAUCUCAACUCCAGAAAAAGACAAACAAGAAACCUCAGUCAUGCCCAUUGGGAAUGAAGGUACUCAGCUCAUUUCUGAUGAAUUCUUUCACAAAGAUAUGUCGUCUUCUGCCAUUUCAACAGCACUUGAGGAAAAAAAGGAUUUGGAUAAUGGGGGUGACCAGGGAAUUGACCUUAACAAGACACCCCAACAGAAACCACCGAAAAGAAAAAAGGUCAGGCCAAAAGUAUUUGUAGAAAAACCCAAAAAGACUGAAAAAAAGACUCCUGGUGAGAAGAGAAGGUAUACGCGGAAGAAAGACCUGAAAGAAUCAGCAAAUCAACCAGAAGAUGUUUUGAGGGAGACUACUGAUCCUAGUGCUGAACCUCCUGCAAAAUCAUGCAGAAGAUCAUUGAAUUUUGAUUUUGAGAAGUCCAGAAAAGGAAGUCAGAGUGAAGUAAUUAGUCAUCUGGAAGAAAUGCAACAAAGGCACCCGGGGACUUUUAAUUUAAACUUGGAUUCUCAAGCCACAGAAUUAACCAACAGAAUAAGCGGAACAAAGUCAACCAUGCUGAUUGGCCAUCAGAAUAAUUUGCCCACAGUAAAUCAACAACCAGGAAUUGUUAAUACCAAUACCCUUUCCAUGAAUCAAAUUCUGGUUGAUAACAUAUCAAUACCAGAAAGGCAUGCAGUUGCAUCUUCACCACUUGCAAGAAAAGAUCCCUGCAACAAAGGUUUAAAUGUCAUAGCAAGUAACGUAGACACUAAAACAGCUCAACCAUGCCAAAAGAGUAGCAGAAAUGGAAACACUCAUAUCCAGCAACAUAUUAAUGCAAAAGGAAUUGGAGAGACAGUGUCUCCAGCGGAAACCAUUUUUGGAAACUUUGAGAAAACAAGAGUGAUAUUUUCAACUAUCCCUCAAUCACAGGUUUUGUCCAGUUUGAAAGAAGCAAGGGGAUUCAAGAGAAGAUAUGGCCAUGCAAUUGAGCAGACACAUCCACAUACUGAAAAUUCAAUGGGUUCUUCAUUAUUGUACCAAGAUAUUUUUCAGAUGAAUGGAUGCCACCAAAACAGCAACAUUGUUGGUGUAGGUUCAAACAAAAACAAUAAAAUUGAGAAUGGACGACAUACAAACAUAAACAGCAACCUUUGGGGUACAGAUGCAAUCAAAUGUUGCUCACAUCAAGUUCAAACAAAACGUGUCAAUCAUAUCAAUGGGAGUAGCCAUCAGAUAGGGGAUGGUGAAGUGGUCAAGAGGCUUAUUGACUGGGAUCCUCAAUCUAUGGCUUAUGAGGGUAACUUGCCAAACCAGAUUCAUUCUAAGCAGCAUUUAAGUGCAGAAAAAUUGAGAGAGACUAUUGGAUUGACUUCAAUCCCUGACUCUGUACCCUUAAUGGCAAGUGAGAGAUGUAACCUGCUCCAACCUACUCGCCCAGGCAAAGCCCCCUCACCUGCAGACAGGCUAGCAAGGAAAACUUGCCACACUAAUGGUUCAGCAAAGCAGAAUGUUAAAUGCAAUUUAGGCAAAUCAACUUCAUCUGGAAGGGAUCAGAUGCAAUCAGAACAUGGAGAAGUCUUGCAAGAUCAUCUGCAGUAUUCUGCAAAAAUAAAAGGACUGCCAAAUAAACAGAUUUAUCCUAUUUCAAUGGAUGAGAUUAUAAAUAAAUUCAAAGCUCUCAAUCUCAACAGAACGUCUGGCCAGGUACAAGAGCAAGUGCAGAAUGCAAUUGUUCCAUACAAUCAAGAUGGAAAAAUUGUUCCAUACAAACAAGAUGGUACAAUUGUUCCAUAUGAAGGUUUUGACUUCAUCAAGAAACGUAAGCCAAGGCCUAAAGUGGACCUUGACCCAGAGACUAAUAGAAUCUGGAGUCUAUUGAUGGGCAAGGAAGGAAGUGAAGGCCUUGAAGGGAUGGAUGAGGAAAAGGAAAAAUGGUGGGAAGAGGAGAGGAAAGUUUUUCAAGGACGAGCUAAUUCAUUCAUUGCAAGAAUGCAUCUUGUACAAGGUGAUAGACGCUUCUCGAAAUGGAAGGGGUCAGUUGUUGACUCAGUGAUAGGAGUUUUCCUAACUCAGAAUGUUUCUGACCAUCUCUCAAGCUCUGCCUUCAUGUCUUUGGCAGCACGAUUUCCUCUCAAGUCAAACAACAAGAGAUGCAACAUAGAUGGUACAAACAUAUCAGUUGAAGAACCAGAAGUAUGUAUGCCGAGCCCAAAUGUUUCCAUCCAAUGGAAUGAACAGGUAUUAAGGAAUCCACUCUGCGGUCAAAAUGCUAUAACCCCGCAUGAAUUGACAGAACGUCAGAGAGAAAGAAAUAUCUCAGGGAUAGAAAAAACAAGCUUAUUGGAGGCACAUAGUCAUAGCUUGGAGGAAGAAGUCGUAUCAUCACAAGAUUCUUUUAGUUCUUCAAUCCUUCAAGGCAGUGGAGGAAUCAAAUCCUCUUCAGGCUCUAACUCUGAAGCAGAAGACCCUAUUUCUGGGUGCAGACCUAAACAGGUUCAUGGUUCAACACAUUUUCUACAAGUGAGAAAUGCAGCCUUGUUUCAGGAUCUCAACAGUUGCAUAAAUGUGAACUCACUUUUUCAAGAGGGUUAUGGGAAUGGGCACAAGUCGUCAAAUGAUACAGAAAACAGCCAACAAGACUCAAGACUGGACAGCAUGGAGAACUUUGGCAGCUCUUUAACUUUUACUCAAUUACUCAAUUUUGACGAUUCACAGAAUCAGGUGCCACUACUCCCUUCCCCCAAGUAUCAGCCACAAAUGAAUUGGUACUCAGAAGUAUUGGAAAGCUCUGAGAUCUGCAGUGGCGACUGCCUAUCUUCCUGGCAUUCAACUGAUUCUGGGUAUCCAAAGGGAAAAGAUAGCAGAAGAAAUGGACAGCUGGCAGAAGAUGUGGGUGAAACAACAGUCCAACAGAAUGGAUUACCAAUUUCAGAAGAAAUGCCACCAGUGCGCACACAUGCAAAAUUAAGCAAGCAAUCAAUGCCACAACAAAAUAUUUCUCAACCAGGGUCUCAGAAAAAAUGUAAUCAACAAAAUGGUGAAAGCAUGCCACUUAGAGAGCCUAUUAAUCAUGUUGAAACACUGGCUCAGGGGCAGAAUAGUACAAUGCAGAAUGUACCGAAUUGCAGGGAGGUUGCAGAAAAAACAUUUCAUUUAGAAAAAAGAGUAUCUGCAGUGAAUAAGGUCCCAGAAAAUACAACAGUUAACCCAAAUUCAAAGGAGCAAGCACUUUCUAAAGCAUAUGGCGGGGCAAAUCCCAGUAUUUCAAAGUCAAAAAAAGGGAAGAUUGAUGCUGCUAAAAAGAAUACAAUGGACUGGGACAUGUUAAGAAAACAGGUCUUGGGCAAUGGUAAGAAAAAGGAAAGACCUAAAGACACAAUCGACUCAUUGGACUAUGAAGCAGUGAGAUGUGCCCAUGUUGAUGAGAUUUCUAAAGCUAUCAAAGAAAGAGGGAUGAACAACAUGCUAGCAGAGAGAAUACAGGAUUUCUUAAAUAGAAUUGCCCGGGAACAUGGAAGCAUUGAUCUUGAAUGGUUAAGAGAUGUUCCCCCUGACAAAGCAAAGGAUUAUUUAUUAAGCAUACGUGGAUUGGGGUUAAAAAGUGUAGAAUGUGUGAGGCUGUUAACUCUUCAUCAUCUUGCCUUUCCGGUUGACACAAAUGUUGGACGCAUAGCAGUUAGAUUGGGAUGGGUCCCUCUGCAACCACUGCCUGAAUCUCUUCAGUUACACCUCUUGGAGCUAUACCCAAUAUUGGAAUCAAUACAGAAAUAUCUGUGGCCAAGAUUGUGCAAACUCGAUCAACGAACACUAUAUGAGUUACAUUACCAACUGAUUACAUUUGGAAAGGUUUUCUGUACAAAGAGCAAACCAAAUUGCAAUGCAUGUCCAAUGAGAGGAGAGUGCAGACACUUUGCAAGUGCUUUUGCAAGUGCAAGACUUGCAUUGCCAGGCCCUGAGGAAAAGAGUAUGGUGAGUUCAACCAUUCCUACUACAACUGAACAAAACCCUGCCCCAGUUUUCAAUCCUGUGCUAUUACCCCCACCUGAAGAAAAGUCAAUCAGAGAAGCAGGGCGUGAUAUUGGCAAGUGUGAACCCAUAAUUGAAGAACCAGCAACACCAGAGCCAGAAUUGACAGAAAUAUCAGCAAGCGACAUUGAGGACACUUUUUAUGAGGAUCCUGAUGAAAUCCCAACGAUAAAACUCAAUAUUGAAGAGUUUACAGUGAAUGUGCAGAACUUUAUGCAAAAGAACAUGGAGCUUCAAGAAGGUGACAUGUCUAAGGCUCUAGUUGCUUUAGACCCGGACGCUGCUUCAAUUCCUGCUCCCAAACUCAAGAACGUGAGUCGCCUGCGUACAGAGCAUCAAGUGUAUGAACUUCCAGAUUCUCAUCCUCUGCUAAAAGGGAUGGAUGGGCGGGAACCUGAUGAUCCCAGCCCAUAUCUCCUUGCUAUAUGGACACCAGGUGAAACUGCCGAUUCAAUUCAGCCACCUGGAAAAAACUGUGGGUCACAAGAAUCAGGAAAGUUAUGCAAUGAGAUGACAUGCUUUUCAUGUAAUAGUAUGAGAGAAGCCAAUUCACAAACAGUCAGGGGAACUCUUCUGAUACCUUGUAGAACAGCAAUGAGAGGAAGCUUCCCACUCAAUGGAACAUACUUUCAAGUUAAUGAGAUGUUUGCAGAUCAUGAGUCUAGCCUCAAUCCAAUCCAUGUUCCAAGAGAAUGGGUAUGGAAUCUGCCAAGGCGUACUGUUUACUUUGGAACAUCUGUAUCAUCAAUAUUCAAAGGCCUUACAACAGAGGGGAUACAGUACUGCUUUUGGAGAGGUUUUGUUUGUGUGAGGGGGUUUGACCAAAAAACACGAGCACCCCGACCUCUUAUGGCAAGGUUGCACUUUCCAGCAAGUAAGUUAACCAAAGCAAAAAUUGAAAACAAAAGAUAAGCAGCCUAUGAUGUGGAGAAGAUUAUCAGCCAAAGUAAUAAUAAUGAUCCAAUCAUUAGCGAUGAUUACCAGCAAAAGUAUCAAUAAUGAUCUGACUGAAAAGGGGAGACAAGAUUGCUGACUUGAGGAAGAAAAAAGAAUUUUGACUAACAUAUUGUUGUACAUUCCAUUGUUCUUUCUCUAACAUGAGAAUGCAUUCACCUCAUGUUAGCCGGUGAAAAGAAAGUUUCAGAUUAGAUUGCGAGAUCCCAUGGAAAUGGGAUGUAAUUUGUAUUUACAAUUAUAAUCUCAAUUCAUGCUCAAAUGAGCAAUUUUUUUAUGAUUAGCAAAUGAA